AGCUAGUAUCAGUUUAACCCACCCGGCUCGUUCCUAGCUACGUAUAUCAAUCGUACUUGAUACCUCCGACAAUUAACGACAUGUCCACCGCAGACCUCCUCCUACCCGGCCAGCCUCUGCCCGCAAAAUUCAACUCGACUCCGACACCCCAACCAGGCUCGGGAUGCUACCUAUCACCGAAUGGCAAGCUGGUCGCUAGCAUCGUCGGGGUUCCCGUCAGGGAAGGUUCCAUAGUUAGCGUGAAGAGUCGGCACGAGAUGAGCGCCGUACCAGAGAUCGGGGCGAUCGUCAUCGGCACAAUAUCCCGCCUAACGCCCCUCCAAGCAAACCUGACCAUCUCCCUCGUCUCAUCCCGUCCGACUCCGCAAUCACAAGAAGACUUCCAGGGUCUCAUCAAGCUCUCCGACGUCCGGCUUACCGAAAAGGACAAGUUGAAGAUGGGAGAGUGUUUCAGGUUGGGGGACGUCGUCCGGGCCGAGGUGCUCUCGCUGGGAGACGCCCGGUCGUACUUUUUAUCGACGGCGGCUAAUCACUUGGGUGUCAUCUCGGCCACUUCAGCUGCGGGUAACCCGUUGACGCCCGUCUCGUGGCAAGAGAUGCAAGAUACGGUCACGGGAGAACGGGAGAAGCGCAAGGUUGCCAAGCCGGACGAUGCCUGAAUAAUAGACCAUUAGGGCGAGGUUCGGGAUGGUGUGGUCGUACAUCAGAUGGAGGAACUCUACGAGACGAUCGUUCGGGCUGUGCAGUCGCGUACGACCCUGAUGGACCUCGCAGACUAGGUCAGGGGGUAUCGCCACGUACCUGAAUCCACGGUGCAGCAUGGUUAGGAUGUAGGUCUUGGAAUCGAUGGAGACCGAUGUAGCGUUAUAUAAUACCGGUUCACGAUCUUUGGGUGCCUGUCCAGUCUGCGUGGGCGGCGAUUUCUGCU